CCCGUCACUCGACGGUUUUCCCUGGCUCUGCCACGGUGCUCAGCCCCAGGCUCACUGAGUGACCUGACCAUCGCCCCACUUCUUCUUAAGAGCGGCUACUGGUAGCCCUCGCACCACCUUCAAUUUCAACUUCUCAAACAAGCUCAGGCAUCACCGCUAUUCUUUCUUCUCGUUCUUGUUCACCGCCGCCUUUCUUUUGAUCUUCUUGAUCUACUUUCGCUUUCGCCCCUAACCAUCGUCGUCGGACCCGAGACUCCCUGUUCCCCGGUGGAAACAUGGCUCUGUCCCAGGUGAAGCUCGUGUACCACGGCGACAUCGUCAUCUUCGCCGGCAUCCUCUUCUUCAUCCUCCUCAACGUCCCCCGCGCCUUUGCCCGCCUCUCCCGCAAGUCCGGAUGGACCGGCUUCUCCAUCUACUCCGUCCCGCAGUCCCAGCUCGGCCCGUCCAAGGUCCAGAUCGCGAGCAACCCGGUGUACAUGGAGUCCAAGAAGGAGGUCUCCACCGACCAGACCGUCGAGGGCGGCGAGGGCAACCGGAGCGUCGAGUCCUUCACAGAGUAUAAUGCGCUUCCGGCCUUGCCCAAGAACACGAUCCCGCUCUCGGCGAGCGCGGACGGGCCCAGGCACAUUCCGAUGCUCUCGACGCUCGUGCACCCCGUGGCUGCGAUCCUGGCCCACCGCGUGCACGAGGGGUACUCGCUCGGCCAGGUGCUCAUCAUGGUUGCCUGGCUCGCGGUCCUCGCCUACGUCUCGUUCUACAAGGCGCCGUCGCUGUUCUACAGCUCGGAACGCCUCGGUUUCGUCGCCGUGUCUCAGGUGCCUUUCGUCUACGUUCUGGCCACGAAGAACAACGUGCUGGGCAUGCUCGUCGGCGUCGGAUAUGAAAAGCUCAACUACCUCCACCGCUUCCUGGGCCGCACGGUCGUGCUCAUCGCGAACAUCCACGGUAUUGGCUAUAUGUACAAGUGGACUCUCACCGGCAUCUGGGUGGAGAAGCUCAGGGACCCGCAGUACUACUGGGGCAUGACCGCCCUCGUGGCGUUCGACAUCCUCUUCUUCCUCUCGGUCUCCGCGGUCCGGAGCAAAUCGUACAACCUCUUCUGGGUGUCGCACUUUGGCUCGCUCAUCGUCGUCCUGCCUGCUCUCUACUACCACAAACCGUCCUGCAUCCCCUACGUCAUCGCCGCCUGCGUCUUCUACGGGCUCGACCACCUCGUGCGCACGCUCAAAACGCGCCUCGCGACCGCACGCGUGCGGCCGCUCCCCGAGCUCGGCAUCACGCGCGUCGAGAUCCCGAACCUGAACGCGGGGUGGCGCGCGGGGCAGCACGUGCGACUGCGCGUGCUCGACGGCGCGAUGGGCUGGUUCGGGUGGAGCGAGGUGCACCCGUUCACGGUCGCGAGCGUCGCGCGCACGCCCGAGGGCAUGGUGCUCAUGUGCAAGAAGGCGGGAAGGUGGACGCAGGCGCUGUAUGGCGUCGCGGCGGCGGAGCGGUAUGGCGGCGAGGGCGGGAAGGAGGUGGGGAGGGAUGUGCGGGUGAUGGUCGAGGGGCCGUAUGGCGGGGUGGGCAAUACGGUGGUGGGGAGUUAUAGCGGGGCGAUGAUUGUUGUGGGCGGGUCUGGGGUGACGUUUGCGCUGAGCGCGGUGCAGGAUCUGGUGCAGAUGGAGAGCGCGAGCCAUGUAAGGACGAUCGAUAUCAUUUGGAGUAUAACCGAUCCCAUCGCGCUCAACCCGAUGCUCCCCGCGUUCGCAUCGCUCAUCGCGCAGUCGACGACCGCGCGCAUCCGCGUCUCGGUGUUCUACACGCGCGCCGUGACGCGCGCGUACGAGCAGUCGUACCUCCCGCCGGGCAUGACGCUCACGCCGGGCCGCCCGCGCCUGACGACGCUCCUCGAGGGCACGGUGUCGGACACGAUGUCCAUGGGCGGCGCGCGCGGCGUGUUCGUCGGCGUGUGCGGGCCCACGACGCUCGCGAACAGCGUUUCGGCGAGUGUGAAGGGGUUUGAUAUCGGCUUGCGUAAGGCGGUGGGCGGGGUCGAGUUGCACGAGGAGGUGUUUGGGUGGUGAUUGUGCCGAGAGCUGAUCGCUGGUGUGCUAGAUACGAGGUGUUCGGCGGACGAUGCUGGCUACUUUGUGUUGUUUCUCGCUCGUCUCGCUACCGGCUAGUUCACUCGCUUUCAUUCAUCGCUGUCAGUUCAUGGCUAGAUGUCAUGCACUGUCACUUGCACUGUAUACUAGUACUCUUCCAAUUACAUGCUGGGGCGUGGUCAUUCGCUGGCCGAGGGCUUUCUAUUA